AUGGCAUCAGAGGUGUUCUGUAAAGUGGGAGAUGGGGAGGAGGCCAUGGUGAAAAAGGAAACUCUCAAUGUUUUGAAUCAAAUGUCGAAGCCCUUUCCAAACCCCAAGUCUAUGAACAGGACCGUUGUUACCAAAGGACUCCCUCUUUCCUCAAGGGGCAGUUUGAUUAACUUCAUGGAGGAAGAUACCAUCAAUCUACCGAAGCCGAUGCCAGGGGAGGAAUCUGAAUGCAGCUCCGAUGACACCAGCAUCUCCCCCAUCUCAUCCACUUUGUUGAAUCCCAUCAAACUGGUCGUGACACAGCCCAACAGCAGCUUCUUUGCAGGGCUGCUGGAAGGCGAGCUGAACAAACUCAGCAUCUCCCCUAAGAAUACAGAAAAUGGGGACCUGGCCCUCUGCCCCCACAAAUCUAAGUUCCAAAUAGCCCCUGGGGGCCUGCUGGACCUUGACAACCCUGAGCUGGACACAGACACCACCUCGACAUCCUCGAAGUCCUCCGUGGUCACGGACGUGCCAGAGGCGCCCUUUAUCUGUGAACACACAGUCAGCGAUUACACGGCCGUGAUUUCCUGGACCUAUGCCCUGGGCAAGCAACCAGUCAGUUUCUACCAGGUCCUGUUGCAGGAGGUGGUCAAGAAAAAUGACAAUGAACCUCUCAAGACAAAGAAUUGCCCGUGGAUCUUCCACAAGAUCUUGGGUACCACCGUCAAGCUGAUGGAGCUGAAGCCUAACACAAGUUACUGCCUCAUCGUCCGUGCCGUCAACACAGCCGGGGCGGGGAAGUGGUGCAAGCCCUACAAAUUUGCAACCGUGGCCAAUGACCUGAGCAGCUUCCCUGAGAACAACCCCAUCCAGAUCACUGUGCGGCGCAAGGAAUCCCAGCGGAAAACAGUGACCAUGAAGCUUGAUGAGAUGCGGACACUGGAAAAUCUGGAAAACAUAUUUCCCUACUAG